UGUGUGAAGGACCGUGUGCUAUGGCUGGCAGUUGGAGGCCCUGAGCUUCAAAGGAAGGUUUGAAAGCUUGAAGCCUCUGGUAAUUGGCUGAGCCUUAAUCAGUGGGCGGGCAUUCACUCAGGCCGGGGCUUUAUAAAGCCGCACACAAGCGACCAGGGGCUGCUAACAGGGAGUUUCGCAAGGGAGUUUGGCGGGGGAGUGGGAGGGGAGCGAGGGUCCCUUCUCAGUCCUACCUGUUCCCCUGUAUGCCCCUUAAAACCUAUACUCCAAACCAUAUUCCAAAAUCCCUUUCUUUAAACCCACCCUUUCAUUAACUAGGAGACAAUGCAGGCAGAAGCCCAGCAGCAGAGUGGGAGCUAUCCAGUUUAUUGCACUGAGUGUAGCAUGUAUGAUUACCUGCCCUGUGGCCGGGUGGCGUAUGUGUGCAGUCAGUGCAAGGAGUUCCUGGCCCUCAGAGACCACGUACGGACUUUGGAGGCCAGGGUGGCGGAACUGGAGGAGCUAAGACAGGCAGAGAGGUAUGUUGAUGAGGCUUUCUGGGACACUGUAGAAUUGUCCCACCUCCACUCAGACAGUCUGUGUGCUGUUGAGAAGGAAGAAAGGCCCAGGGAAGCAGAGCAGUCAAUGGGAGCAGAGGGAAACCUUCCCAUAGUUGGGACCCUCCUUCCAGAUGGUGCUGGGGUUGCUUCUCACACUGAGGUUACCUCUCCAGGGGAGGGAACUCCAGUUUCUAGGAAAAGACAGGUGUUAGUAAUGGGAGAUUCAAUCAUUAGAAACAUAGAUAGCUGGGUUUGUGAUGACCAGGAGAAUCGUAUGGUGACUUGCCUGCCUGGUGCGAAGAUUGCGGAUCUCUCGAGGCAUCUAGACAGACUUAUGUGCAGUGCUGGGGAGGAGCCGGUGGUGGUGGUACAUGUAGGUACCAAUGACAUAGGGAAGGGUAGGAAAGAUGUCCUGGAAGCCAAAUUUAAGCUGCUAGGGAAGAGACUGAAAUCCAGGACCUCUAUGGUGGCAUUCUCAGAAAUGCUCCCAGUUCCACGCUCAGGGCCAGGUAGGCAGGCAGAGCUUCAGAGACUCAAUGAGUGGAUGAGACGAAGGUGUAGAGAGGAGGGGUCUAUGUUCAUUAGGAACUGGGGACACUUUUGGGAUGGGAAGAGCCUGUACAGGAGAGAUGGGCUCCACCUAAACCAAAGUGGAACCAGGCUGCUGGCACUAAACAUUAAAAAGGUUGUAGAGCAGUUUUUAAACUAGGAGAUGGGGGGAAGCCGACUGCUGCAGAGGAGCAUGUGGAUCGGACACAGACUUCUCUUAGGGCAGAGUCUGAUGAUAGAGAAUUUCCAGGUUAUAGUCAGUGUAAGCGGGGGCGUUGCCGGGGCUUGACCCUCCCGGAUGAGGAGGGGAGCCACACCAGCCUCAACCUGUCGUCUGAGGGUCUAGGUCCUUGGAACUGUAGCCCACCGUCCGAGUGGCUCGGUCCCUGGGGAUAGAACCGGGUGGUGGCACAGUCAAAAGGGGGCCCAGCCCUUGGUUCGGGCGGGGCACCAAUACACAGUUACCUCAGCUCCGGCCCUCUUGGUUCAGGGAUGGGCUGGCAAGGGUGCAGGUCGUUCGGGCCCUUUGGGACAGGACCGAGCAGUGGCACACUCAAAGGGGGCCCAGCCCUUGGUUCGGGCCGGGCACCAAUACACAGUUCUCUCAGCUUAGCUGGCCUCUUCAGGCCGAGGGGGGAGGGGGAUUCUGCCACCCGUCCAUGGGUGGCAGGGGGAACGCAGGCCCACCCACUCCACUGCGUUCCAGCCCGGGGCCCUAGAAGCGGUGAUCACCGCUGCGGGUGGUCAGUGGGGAUCCUGACCGCAACACGCUGCCAUGGGUAUUGGGAGAUCUGCAGCCUGACUCGGGUCGGCUGCCCCCGGGCUACUUCCAGUAUCCCCCUCCGAGCCUACCUGGUUCGUGGGACCCGCUUCGGGGACGUCCCACCACAGAGGACCCUCACGGCCAGGGCUGGGCGGCAAGUCCGGCAGCUCCUCCGGGAAGUCCGGCCAGGCCUGUUCCGGGGGGUCCUCGGGGCCGCAGCAGGAGCGGGACGGUUCUGGCGGCUCCUCGUUGUAGUGGGCACAGGGAAGCUCUGGCAGUUCCUCGUUAUAGCGAGCGCAGGGAAGCUCUGGCAGUUCCUCGGUAUAGCGAGCGUCGGGAGGCCUCGGCCAGUCCGGACACCGGCCUGUGGGCUCAGAAGCUUCCCAGUCAGGAGCUCCCGCUGACAGGUCUGUUCCUGAUGGUGGCUGGGCCACAACUGAGGGCUGA